UUGUGGUGGCCAUUUAAACCUCAUCAGGAAGAAAGUCCUCCUUUCUGAACUCUGCAGCAUCUCUCCCUUGGCUCCUGGAAGCUUCAGCUGCUUGUCACUGGUCUUCUGUGUGGAUCUCUGGACCAGAGGCUUGACUCUCAUCAUGUGGCUGCUGAUGUUUGUGGCGUGGUCCUUGGCCUGUGCCGGGGGAACCUACUGGUACCUGUUUGGGAAGCCGAGCCUGUUCUCUCUGGAGUUGCUAUGGCUCAAUGAUCCACUAGAACUAGACCAGGAGAAGAGGACCAAGCUGCUGAAGAAAGCUCUUGGAGGCUUCUGCUGUGUGUCACUGGUCUGCUAUGUGGGUCUCUGGAUCAGAAGCUUGACCCUCAUCAUGAAGCUGCUGCUGUUUCUGGUGUCUGGGUCCUUGGCCUGUGCUGGGGGAACCUACUGGUACCUGUUUCUGAAGCCCAGCCCGUUCUCUCUGGAGUCACUGCGGCCCACAGAACCACUAGAAGUGGACCAGAAGAAGAGGAACAAGGUGCUGAAGAAAGGUUUCAGUAGGGAGAGAAUCCCUGAGAACCUGGAUGCCAUCAUCAUCGGCAGCGGUCUCGGAGGCCUGACUACGGCUGCUUGUAUGGCCAAAAAGGGGAAGAGGGUGCUGGUUCUAGAGCAACAUGACAAUGCUGGUGGAUGCUGCCACACCUUCACGGAGAAAGGCUUUGAAUUUGAUGUUGGCCUGCACUACGUUGGUCAGCUGCAUGAGAACAGCCUGAUGCGAAUUGCCUUUGACCAGAUCACCGAGGGUCAGCUGGAAUUUGUGACCCUGCCCCAGCACUUUGACAAUAUCCACAUUGGUCAGGGAGAGGAGCACCGUGAGUAUAGCUUCUAUACUGGGAAGACCGAGAUGGAGGCCAACAUGAAGAAGCAGUUCCCAGAUGACACCAAGGCUGUUGAGGAGUUCUUCAGAGUCAUGAAGGUCUCUGCCAGGAAGACCCACUACCUGGGCCUCCUGAAGCUCAUCCCUCGCUGGCUGGCCCUCUUCUUUCUCAAGUCCGGCAUCGCUGACCGCUGCUCCUCCGUCUUUCGUCUGGCCACCACCGGCGUCACCACCUGGGCUGAUCAGCUGACCAAUAACAAGGACCUCCAGCUCAUGUUCAACUACCUCUUCAUUGGUGAUCGCCCUAGAGACUGUAGCCUCUUCAUGAAUGCCCUCCUCAUCCACCACUACAAGCGUGGAGCCUACUAUCCUAGAGGGGGCGCCAGUGAGAUCCCCUACCACAUCAGCAACACCAUCCGCAAGUAUGGCGGUGAAGUGCUGGUGAGAGCUCCGGUCACUCGAAUCCUGUUGGAUAAAGAUGCCGCUGCCUGUGGUGUGGCGGUGAGGAAAGGCCAAGAGGAAGUGGAGGUGAAAGCCCCCAUCGUGAUCUCCAACUGUGGACUCUUCAACACCUUCAAGUACUUGCUGCCACCUCAGAUUCACAUAAAACAUGAUAUCCAGACGCGUGCCCAAAUGAUGAAACCUGGCAAAGCUUGCGUGCUCCUUUUCUGUGGUUUCGAUGCCACUGCUGAAGAGCUCGACAUCACGCCAACCACUUUAUGGCUCUUCAAGGAGAACGACAUAGACAAAUCGAUGGAUAAAUUCUUUGCUAUGAGCAAAGAUGAGGCCCCUGACAAUGUUCCCAUGGUGUUCAUCACCUUCCCAUCUGCCAAAGACCCUGCCUCUAAAAUCAGACACCCAGGCAAAUCCUGCAUGACUGUCCUGACCAUGGUGAACUACGAGUGGUUUGAGGAGUGGAAGGACGGGACAGUAAGGAGGAGAGGAGACGACUACACAGAGUACAAGAACAGAUUCGCUGACCACCUCUUUAACUGGGCCUGCGAGCAUUUCCCUAAGAUUAAAGACAAGGUGGUGUACCAGGAGAUAGCCACACCACUCUCCAAUGAGCACUACCUGAGAGCAUUCAGGGGGGCCCCGUACUCUGGCGAGCACACCCUAGAACGCUUUGACCCAGUGUUAAUGGCCAAGAACCGCUGUGACACGCCCGUCAAAAACCUCUACAUCACAGGUCAGGACGUGUUCAGCUGUGGUAUUGCAGGGGCCCUGCAUGGCGGGCUGAUCUGUGCCUCCACAGUGUUGGGCCACCUCCUCUACGUCGACCUCUUUAUGAUGAAGAUUAAACUGAAGGGGGGCAGCAUUUUACGCACUUUGCAGAAAUUAUUUUUCUAAUCGAAAUCUUUCUGUUUUAUUAUGACCACAGCUAGCAAUAACGUAGCUUGGUCAUACAGCUUUUGGCAAAGUCCAUUUCAACCGAUUUUUGUUCGGUGAUUCCUUGGCCACUUGUCCACAGGUACACUUUCAUGGACGCACAUCAAAUUUUGUGAACCUUUGCACGCAGAAGACACUGCAACUAACUCAUUUCAGUAUGCAAAGACAUGCUUGUGCCAAUAUCUUUUGAUGAAGGUACAAACUACACAGAAGUUGAUACAAUUCACAAUCACAGGCUUUAGAUGUUCAAUUCCAUCCAUAGGGGGCGCUGUAAAUUACACACCUCAAAAGGUCGGAUCCAGAUGAUCACCGCCUGCGAAUAUAUUUGAACUUAUUAUUGAGAUAGGACAUGUCCAUGUCUGCUGUAAAUGUUGACGUUUAGAAUUGUUGUCAAAUAUAUUUGUGUCUUCACAUAAUAUUCCUACCUUGGAUACCUACUUGCAUAUUUGUUAAGUCCUUGUCAACUCAAUGUGCUGCAUACU